AUGGAGGACGACGGAAAUAAUGCUGGCUUUUUUGAGAGUACUUAUAAUAAACUGACUUAUCCUGAGGACAUUAGUGAAGAUGACCACUCUUUCAACUUGAACCAGGAGAGGCAACAAGUGUCCCUGUCCACAAUGGGGCCUGGAUCCUGUUUAAAUCGUUACAAAGUGCUUGCAGUGAGCCUGGCAGUGCUCGCUGCCUUUCUGCUGGCAGUUGAUAUUGGCCUGGGAGUCUACUACUACAGACUUACUUAUGGGAACCAUUUAGUAACAGACAUCAGCACUGAGAUUGCCAAAUUGCAGGCUACUUACAACGCUGCACUCCAAAGCAAGACUGAAGCCAAACAGGAGGUGGCGAAAGAGAUCAAGUCGCAGCAAAUUACCAAGUGGGAGCUUGACCAUCUGAACAGAAGGAAAAAAGAUACCGAAAAACUAAUAGACAGAACUGAAACGGAAAUAGCGAUGUUGGAAUCCCACAUGCCAAUGCUCAAAGAGGGCUGCAGACAGUGUUUGCCAGGCUGGACUGUCAUUAAUUCCAUGUGUUACUUCUUCGCUUUAUCUGAGGAACUCUCACGGAGAUCAUGGAUGGAUGCCAGACAUUUCUGCAAGAGGCAAGGAAGCGACUUAUUGGUGAUCAACAGCAGAGAGGAACAUAUGGCCCUUGCUGAAAUUGUAAAAAUGUCUCGAGACCCCUCGAGAUCGCUUGCCCACAGUGGAUUCUGGAUUGGACUGAGAGAUGCAGAUGUGGAAGGAAGUUGGACAUGGUUGGAUGGGACAAGGGUGGAAGAGGGGUACUGGGAUAUUGGAGAGCCUAACAACCAAAACAAUGAAGACUGUGCUGCUAUGUAUCCCAGAGAAAACCCCUUUCAUUCAUGGAACGAUGCUCCAUGCAACUGGAACCUGAAAUGGAUUUGUGAGAGGACACCAAGACCUUUUAGCUCUAGCUUAAAUGUUUAA